AGCAUUUUUGGAUCUGUGGUACCAUGUCGUUCAUGAAAGGUGAUUUGCUAAGUAGAACUAGAAGGCUUGUCAAAGGUUUAGCCAAAGCUGAACCUGUAUGGCUCAAAGCAAUGGAGCAGGCUCCACCUGCAACAUUUCCUCGUGCCGAGAACAAAUUGCUACCCAUCAGUUUACCUGAGGAUGUCUACAUCAAGAAGUUCUUCCAAAAGUACCCAGAGUCGAAACACGAGGAUGCUAUUAAAAUUUCUGGAUUUGACCCUCCUCCAGCCCGAAUUUACGGGUGGCGAGUGCUCGAGUUAAAGGAGCAGGGGGUCAGUGAAGAGGAAGCUGUGGCUGUUGCUGAUAUGGAAUAUCGUGUAGAAAAGAAAGCGAAAAAGAAAGCAUAUUCUCGAUUGAAGCAGAUUGCUCGACUUCAGGGGAAGAAACCACCUCCUAAUCCAUAUCCAAGUGCUAUCAAGGAGAUACAAGCUGAAGAAAGGAAGUAUGUGCGUGAUCGUUUCUAUAACCGAGAUAUUCUUAAAAUUGUGGAGAAACUGAAAGAGGAGAGGCAAGCAGAGAUGCAAGACAGAAGAGGUGGAGGUGGCUGGUAAACGUCCAUGGUCUUUUUCCAAUAGUUUUUCUUUUUGCUUUUUGCCCAAGUUGGUAUACUUGGUAAUGUUAUGAUACUCUUUGUCAAAGUGGUUAUACUUGAUAAUGUUAUGAUACCCUUUCCUCAAGUACUAGAAAAGCGUUUCACUGCUGGUUUAUGUAGUAGACUUGGAGUUCAUAUUCCAAUUAAAUUUGGAAAAUAAGUGAGUAAUAUCUCUUGCC